CACAGCUUGUCCAUCUUGUUAUUCUUGUGCCAGCCACUGCAUGCAUGUCUGCCUAUCUGUUGUUUCGUGGCUUCAUAUCUGAAUGCCCGUCUCACUCUGAUCUCCAGCGUCUGCUCCUCAUCUAGGAACUCGUUCAGCGCCGCGCCAAGACGACGCAGCUGCCAGCCUUCACUCUGGAGGGAAAGACCCCAGUCGAGUCCAGCAGGGGAGAUGGAGGAGUUGGGGAGGCUGGUUCCCUCAGCCCCGGCCCCGCUGCUCUGCCUCUGACACAGGCAGAGGGCUCUGGACCCUGGCAGAGCGAGAGCCUGCUGGCAGAGUCCUGGUCCACGAUGGGCGAUGUGGACCCCGAGGACACUAAGAGCAUUGACAGCAGCAACGGAGCAGCUCUGGCCGGAGAGGAGAACCACUCCUCCAACUCUGACAUGGUCCACCUGGAGCGAGAGGAGGCCGAGAUGCUGGAGGAGGCAGAGAAGGAGGCCGCGGAGGAGGAAAGGGUGAGGAGAACAGAGGAAGAGGAGGAAGAAGAUGAGGAGCUGCAGACGAGUGUGUUGAGCGUCUUAGGAGGGGAGAGGGAGCUGGUUGAGCUCAGGGAGGAGGAGGAGGAGCAGGACCUCCACGCCCCAGAAACUGAGGAGCUCCUGGUGUCAGCUGAGGAGCCCCACAUGGAGAGGGAGCCUGCAGAGUUCAGGCAGGUGGUUCCCCCGAUGGCCCUGCCUCCUCUGCCUAUCGUCAGGCUCGAUCCCCCCUCCACUACAUCCACCCCGGUCCCUUCAACCACAACCUCUGAAGUUGAGGAGCUUUACUCUGCUCAGGGGCUCCUCCCUCCUUCUAUCCUUGCACCGAUGGCAGCAGAGCCUCCGACUGAGAGUCUCGAGCUACUAAAAUUCUCACAGAUUCCCCUCUCGGAUGUGGAGGAACAUUCAUCAGAAGCCUCUCAAGCAGCACCAGAAAAGCUGGAGCCCGAAGCUUCACAAAAGACUGCCAAACCUCUGAGCUCCACCGAGCUGCUGUGUGGAGGUGCCGCUUUAGUAGCCAUUGUGGGAGUCGUAGCUUAUGGUGCAGUGGCCUACUGCAGAAAGUAGGAAACCUUUCAUCUAGCCCUGAAUCACCAAUUCAGCACAGGUCUUUCAUUUUCUAAAUCUAUUCCAAAUGAAAUAUUCCACUUCAUUCUCUGAAUUCUGGAUUUUAUUCUCUGACACUCUUUGUAUUGUAAUUAUAAGACAAAUAAAUUAGAUUUUUCGGUUUCAUUUUGUGCUACCUCAGCUCACAGCAGAGCUCAUGGCCUUUGUUUUUCUGUACACAACAGAUCUCUGAGGAAACCUGUAACCAGUAAAAUAUACACCUGGAAGAAUGUAAAAUCAUGUAAGGUACGAUUUUAAAGAAUCCUGAAACUUGA